AUGGUCCAUUCGUUUAUGCGCCCCCGCCCCCUCCAUCCCUCCUGCACUCACAUGCGAGCAGGUGGUGCUGUGCAGUGCGCUCGUCUUUCUCUUCGUGCCCGUGCACUUCUUGUUGCCAUGGUUAUCCAGUGCCCCUUCUUCAUGGGGGCCAAACACGCCUCCACGUCAGCAGCGGAGACAAAGCCAUCCCACGUGGCAAUGGAUCUGAGCGCGCACGGCAAGCAGCAAGAGACGGUCAGGAUGAUCACUGGGGAAGGGGACGGCAUAGCGGCGGACGGCAAGGGCUCCAAGGGCGGCAAGAGUGGCAAGGGCGGUGGCAAAGGUGGUGGCAAGGAUAGUAAAGGCGGCAAGGGGAAAGUAGAUCCCAAGCAGGCAGCUCAGGGGAAAGACGCUACAGAUGGAAAAAAUGCUAAAGGGGGCAAGGGUGGGAAAGAGGGGAAGGAGACAGGGAAGCCUGGUCCUGGCAGUGGCAAGACGAGUCACCCUACCACAGGUGCUAAGACAGCGACCCCGAAGCAGCAGCAGAAGGCGGGGGAUGCUGCCAAGGGAAAGGGCCAUCCUGCAGGGAAGCAGCAGGGGAAGGGCCCGGGAGGGAAGGCACCUCAUGGGAAAUCGCCUGGAGGGAAGGCGCCAGGAGGAAAGGGUGCUGGUGGGAAGGCUGGGGGGGUGGCAUCUGGGAAGCAAGCAGGGAAGGCGCAUGCAGGUGCAGGUGCAGGGAAGAAUGUUGCGGCACAUGCAGGGGGGAAGGGAGCAGCAGUGGUGCCAAAGGGAAAGGUGCAUCCAGCACCCAGGCAAGAGAAGGCGGGAGGAGCAAAGGGUAAAGGUGGGGUUGCUGCAGGGAAGCAGGGUGGGAAGGGGAAAGGAGCAGUGCCGGCUGGUGGGAAAUUAAGAGGGCCGGGAAUUCCUGCUUUUCGAGAGCUCGUCACCAUGGCCAAGGGCAAGGGAGGGGCGAUCCUGGUGAAGCUGCUGUCGGCGGCGGGGACGGGCUUUUUCUACGUCACCAAGAAGAACCCGCGCAACCUGCCGCACAAGCUCGAGUUCCGAAAUGCUGCUGUGUGCCUCUCUUCUUCUCCUGACUUCCUUCCUCCCGUCCCACCCCUCGUCAUCCCCCCUCACUCCAUUCCCUCCUCCCAUUCUCUCUUUCCUGCGCUCUCGCCUCCUCUCCCCUCUGCGUCCCUCGCCUCUCCCCGCUGCACAGAGGAACGUGUUCCUCAUCCGCCCAACUACAGGGAUGUGGACGUCAGCGAGGCCAACCUGCCCAUGGAGCUCUCAUUGAUCCCCCCUCCUCCCCGCCCCUCCCCCUUAAACCGCACAGAGGAACCUCUUUCCGCCCAACUACAGGGAUGUGAGCGAGACCAACCUGCCCAUGGAGCUCUCACUUCCCUUCCCGUCCCUUUCCCUCCCUCCCCCCUCUUCUCCCCACUGCUCUCCUCCUUUUCCUUGCACAUCGCACAGAGGAACCUCUUUCCGCCCAACUACAGGGACGUGAGUGAGACCAAUCUGCCCAUGGAGCUAUCCCCCAGCCUCAGCACCAUCGAGUUCCUCCUGCCGCACGCCGCCACACCGUGCCCCGUGUUUCUCUUUGUGCUGGACACGUGUGUACCGCCUGACGAGCUGCACCACGCCAAGGCCGCCUGCUGCAAGCUGCUCUUUUGUCACCUCAUACGCCAUGCCAUCUCUCUACUCCCCCUCCUUUCAACAGGCAACCCGCGUUCCUCUUUGUGGUGGACACGUGUGUACCCCCUGAUGAGCUACACCACGCCAAAGCCGCCCUGCUGCAGCUGCUGCGACUGCUACCAGUCACCAGAAAGGUCGUUUAAGUUCCCACUACCCAUCCUCCCUCUCCUUCCAAACAGGCAGCCUGCGUUCCUGUUUGUGCUGGACACGUGUGUGCCGCCUGACGAGCUACACCACGCCAAGGCAGCCCUGCUGCAGCUGCUGCCACUGCUACCAGUCACCUGCCCCGUGGGGCUCAUCACCGUGGGCGCACAGGUCGCCAUGCACGAACUCUCCCACUCCCUCCCUCACUCACUCCCUCACUCACUCCCUCACUCAUUCCCUCGCUCUCAAGCCGGCCCGCUGUCGUCGCGUGUGGUGCUGCUACCGGGGGACAAGGACCUCCCUCCCAGCAAGAUAAAGCAGCUCCUGGGGCUGGGGCUGGGGCUGCCUCAGCCUCACACGCCGUCUGCACCACCCAAGACCACACAGAGCAGCGGCCAUGCCCCUGCAAUGCACACGACCACCCCUGCCAAGGGGGCCUUCACUGGCAAGCCGGCCUCUCCCAAGGGCCCCCUCUCGCCUAGAACCUCUUCCUCCUCUCAUUCUUCAUCUGCCCGCGUGUCAGCAUCACCACCACCAUCGCUGUCCACGUCAGCAGAGUCAGUGUCGUCUUCGCCGCCCCCACCGUCGCUGGUGCUGGGCGGCAGAGGGGCGGCGGAUGGGCGGUAUCUGGUGCCUCUGGUGGAGGGAGAGGGCGUACUGAGGGGUGUGAUAGCGGCACUACAGCCGGACUCACAGCCAGUGGUGCCAGGGGUCAGGCCGUGCCGAGCCAUUGGUGCAGCUUUGGCAGCCGCCGUGGCUGUGAUGGAGGCUCGGGGCGAGCAGGGGGCAGCGGAUGAGGGAGGGAGAGCGGAGGAUGGAACAGGGCGGGCAGCAUGGGAGAAGAGGGGAGCAGCAGAGGAGUGGGGAGGGGGGGCAGCGGAGUCAGGAGGGCGGGCGAGGAGGGAAGGCGAGGGGACAGGGAGGGCAGGGGAGGGAGCGAGGAAGGGAGGGGAGAGGGCGGGAGGGGGAGGGGAGAGGGCGUUGCGAUCCGGAGGGCGAGUGGUGGUGCUGCUGGGAGGGCCAGGCACAGUGGGGCCAGGCAUGGUGGUGGGUACAGACAUGGCUGACUGCCUCCGCACACACUCGGAUAUUCUCCUCGACAACACCGCUUACUAUCAGUCAGUUCCACUCUGCUCUGGGGCCGACGCAUUGGGGCUGGGCACGGUGGGUUUGGGCUCGGAGUAUGGUGGGGCCGGCCGUGCCACACGCUUCUUCUCUCAAUUCGUCGAGCGAUCAGCAGAGGUAUCAGCAGCCAUAGACGUCCGCGCAACGCGGUUCUACACCCAGUUGGGUGAGCGAGCAGCAGAGGUAUCAGCGGCCAUAGACGUGUUUGCAUGUGCGGCGGACCAAGUGGGGGUGGCGGAGAUGAGGGGCGCCAUCGAGGCGACAAGUGGCACGCUCGUAUUGGCCGACUCGUUUGAGUCAGACAUCUUUGCCAAGUCCCUGUGCAAGCUGUUUCAACGGUCGCAUGAGGGCCCUCUGCUAGCCGCGACAGACGGGGUAGUGGAGGUGAAGCUGCCCAAGGAGAUCAAGGUGAUGGGGGCGGUGGGGGCGUGUGGCAACCUGUGGAGCAAGGCGGAGAGCGUGAGCGAGCACGAGGUGGGGCAGGGCGGCACGGCUGCCUGGCGCCUCUGUUCCCUCUCCCCCCGCUCCUCCUCCCUCGCCCUCUUCUUUGAGAUUGCACCGCCGCACAGAGCGCACCAGAUCCCGCCGGGCUCCUUUGCACUGUUCCAGGUUUGUGUUUGCCCGUGUUCCACGUGUGUUGCAUGGGGAAGGUGUUCUCUUCGCUGCCUGGCGUCUCUGCUCCCUCUCCCCCCACUCCUCCUCCCUCGCCCUCUUUUUCGAGAUUGCACCGGCCAGCGCACACCAGAUCCCGCCAGGGUCGUUCGCGUUGUUCCAGGCGCCUCAAAGCUAGGCUUGUCUCCCUCUCCCACUCAUUGCAAUCCGCUGUGUGCUGUCAUGCGGUGCUGUCAUGCGGUGCUGUCAUGCGGUGCUGUCAUGCGGUGCUGUCAUGCGGUGCUGUCAUGCGGUGCUGUCAUGCGGUGCUGUCAUGCGUGUGCUGUCAUGCGUGUGCUGUCUCAGGCACGUGAGUUCCUCACCACGUACCGCCACGGGGAUGGCAGCAGGAGGGUGCGCGUGGCCACAGCAGCCAGGCGCUGGGUGCACAUGGGGGGCGAAGGGGGGGCUGCUGGCGCGGAUUCGCAGGCUGUUGGGGUGGGGGUGGCGGAAGGGGAUGGGGAGUUGGUGGUGGGGGGAGUGCCGGGGGGAAGGGCAGCUGCAGCACUGGCGGAAGUGGUGAUGGGGUUUGAUCAGGAGGCUGCUGCUGCUCUCGUGGCCAAGCUAGCUGCUUUCAAGGCAGAGUCAGAGGACAUGAGUGAUGUGCUGCGCUGGUUGGACCGCAUGCUCAUCCGCUUUGGAGCCAAGUUCGGGCAGUACAGCCGGGGCGACCCCUCCUCCUUCCACCUCGCCUCCGCCUUCUCCCUCUUCCCCCAGUUCAUGUUCCACCUCCGCCGCUCCAGCUUCCUCCAGGUGUUCAACCACAGCCCCGAUGAGACGGCAUUCUUCCGCCUCAUGCUCACCAGAGAAGCCGUUGCCAACUCCCUCCUCAUGGUUCAGCCCGCUCUGAUCGCCUACACCUUUGAGUCACCACCACAUGCUGUGCUGCUGGACGUGUCAUCACUGCAGCCCGACUGUGUGCUGCUGUACGACGGCUUCUUCCACAUUGUCGUGCUCCACGGCUCCACCAUCGUGCACUGGAAGCACCAGGGUUUCCACCUCGACCCUGCACACGCAGCCUUCAGGUAUUCUUCCACCUCUUGA